GUAUUCACAUUCCGAUUCUGGCCAAGGAAAAGGAGUAGUUUGUACAAUACGCCGUUAGUAGGUCGAAAAAUGUUCGCGUUACGUGCUGCCGCUAAAGCUGAUAAAAAUUUGCUGCCAUUUUUGGGGCAAUUGUCUCGUGGUCAUGCCGCCAAAGCAGCUGCUAAAGCGGCCGCCGGAGCCAAUGGCAAAAUUGUGGCCGUUAUUGGUGCCGUCGUAGACGUGCAGUUCGAUGAGAACUUGCCGCCAAUUUUGAAUGCGCUGGAGGUGGACAACCGUUCGCCGCGUUUGGUGCUGGAGGUGGCCCAGCAUUUGGGCGAGAACACCGUGCGCACAAUUGCCAUGGACGGUACUGAGGGUCUGGUACGUGGACAGAAGGUUCUCGACACUGGCUUCCCCAUUCGUAUUCCAGUUGGUGCUGAAACCCUGGGACGUAUCAUCAAUGUCAUUGGUGAGCCCAUCGAUGAGCGUGGUCCAAUUCCCACGGAUAAGACCGCUCCCAUUCACGCCGAGGCUCCCGAAUUCGUGGACAUGUCCGUGGAGCAGGAGAUUCUGGUCACUGGCAUCAAAGUGGUGGAUUUGCUGGCUCCCUAUGCCAAGGGAGGUAAAAUUGGCCUCUUUGGCGGCGCUGGUGUCGGCAAAACUGUGCUGAUCAUGGAGCUGAUCAACAAUGUGGCCAAGGCUCAUGGUGGUUACUCCGUAUUCGCUGGUGUCGGUGAACGCACCCGUGAGGGCAACGAUCUCUACAAUGAGAUGAUCGAGUCUGGUGUCAUUUCUCUCAAGGAUAAGACCUCGAAGGUCGCUCUGGUCUACGGACAGAUGAAUGAACCUCCAGGUGCCCGUGCUCGUGUUGCUUUGACCGGAUUGACCGUUGCCGAGUAUUUCCGUGACAUUGAGGGACAGGAUGUGCUGCUGUUCAUUGACAACAUUUUCCGUUUUACCCAGGCUGGUUCCGAGGUGUCUGCCCUGUUGGGUCGUAUUCCAUCGGCUGUCGGCUAUCAGCCAACAUUGGCCACUGAUAUGGGUACCAUGCAGGAGCGUAUUACCACUACCAAGAAGGGUUCGAUCACUUCGGUGCAGGCCAUUUAUGUGCCAGCUGAUGAUUUAACCGAUCCAGCUCCAGCCACAACAUUCGCUCACUUGGACGCCACCACAGUGUUGUCGCGUGCCAUUGCCGAAUUGGGCAUCUAUCCGGCUGUCGAUCCCUUGGAUUCCACAUCUCGUAUUAUGGAUCCCAAUAUCAUUGGACAGGAGCAUUACAAUGUCGCUCGUGGUGUACAAAAGAUCUUGCAAGAUUACAAAUCCCUGCAGGAUAUUAUUGCCAUUCUGGGUAUGGAUGAGUUGUCCGAGGAGGACAAACUGACAGUCGCCCGUGCCCGCAAGAUCCAGCGUUUCUUGUCCCAGCCAUUCCAGGUCGCUGAAGUCUUCACCGGUCAUGCUGGCAAACUGGUCCCAUUGGAACAAACCAUUAAGGGCUUCUCACAGAUUCUAGCUGGCGAAUACGAUCAUUUGCCCGAAGUUGCGUUCUACAUGGUUGGUCCCAUCGAAGAGGUUGUCGAGAAGGCCGAUCGUCUCGCCAAGGAAGCUGCCUAAAAUGUGGCUAAAUAUCUACCAUCCAAAUAUGAUCCUUGCGAACUAAAUAUUCAAUUGAAUUAAGCAUUAAAGUUGUCAGAGAAAUUACACAAUUUCAAAACCUUAAAGGAAACAAUAAAAACUAAUUAAAUAUA